ACUGGAGUUACAUGCCAGAUGUAUGUUGACACAGUAGAAAAAGGCUGGAUACCACAUCCAGUUAAUUGCAAAAUAACUAUAAAUAAAUCAAAAAAUGAAACACAACUGUCAUCAAGCGUCUGGGGCAGCCAGCCAAGACCUCACCUUCAGUCUGAUCCAGAGGCACUGGGGAGUGGCCUUCCACAUGGCGGGCGACAGCUUCCUACACAAACGAACAGGCUGAAGACACAACAGCAACAGUCGGAUCUCUCACAGCGUCUGGAGGCGAUCUUCAACCGCUUCUGGGAUGGUCUGAGGGAGCGGCAAACAGCGGCCCGACCCGAUAUGCCAGCACCACAGAUGGCAGGAGAACAGAACUGCAAAAGGCAGGAG